AUUUUAUUUUAGUCAUUUCACCUAAUUCAUGUACUCAUUAACCUAAAGGAACAUCCUUUUAGAUUAUGAAGAACAAUUUCAAGAAUGCAAAUUUCCAUUAACAUGAACACUCAUUGGGUAUCUCCUUCCAAUUUCCCACAAAUUAAAGCUUCAACUUUACAACCCAAAGCCAAAAAUCAACCAUUUAGCUCAAAAUCAAAUUCCCCAACUGAAUUUACUACUGUUUUCUCUGAAAAAAAUGAAUCUUUUUUACCCAUUAAUGUGAAAUCCAUAACUAGUACUUCAAAUCCUUUUGUCAAACACUGCCUUAAGCUUCGUCAGAACUCAUCUUAUAGACAUUCUCAUGGUUCUGUUCUUGUUGUUGGUUCCACUCCUAUUAGGGAAAUAUAUAGUUUUCAAGAAAGAGUUCAAGAGAGACCUAUUACAUUAGACUGCUUACUUUUGCUUGAUGAAGCUCAUAUACCUGAAGACCUAAAUCUUCAAUCAGUUCGCCUUGUCCGUAUCAGCUCAACGGUGAUGAAGAAACUCUCUGGUUUACAAUCGAUUGAUUCUAUUGAAAUGAUUGCGUUAAUGAAAAUUCCCUCAACGUUUCACAGUGUCGAUGAUGAGUUUCUAGAAGAAGACUGCAGUAGAUGGUUCCAGAAUGCUCAUCGAAUUCUAGUUCUUGAUGGAAUCCAGGACCCUGGUAAUCUUGGUACGUUACUUAGAUCAGCAAUGGCGUUUGGAUGGGGUGGCGCCUUAUUGCUUCCUGGCUGCUGUGAUCCAUUCAAUGAGAAGGCACUUAGAGCUAGUCGAGGAGCUUCCUUUCAACUCCCGUUAGUCUCUGGUGGUUGGCUCCACUUAGAUGCUCUAAGAAACCAUUACAACAUGAAAAUGCUGGCCGGCCAUCCUGCAAACGAUCAAAAGCCAAGGAGAAUUUCUAGGCUCACCCGCGACUUCACAGAUUUGUUAUCAGAUACACCUUUGUGUUUGGUUUUGGGCAGCGAAGGGGGCGGUCUUUCUGUGAAAGCUAAGGAUGCAAGUGAGCUUGUGAGUAUUCCGAUGGCAGGAGAAUUCGAGUCUCUCAAUGUUUCGGUUGCUGGUGGAAUAUUCUUGUACAUGUUACAACCUGAAGAUCAUAAAAAUUUUAAGCUCACCUGAAGCAACAAAGCAUUUUGAAGAAAGUGAAAAACACAAAUAUAGCUUUGUAAAUGACUGUUUUCCGAUUUACUUUACUGCGUGGAUG